GGGAGUGCAGGGGGGGGGCGCAACUCUACUUAACACGGAAAGGUCUGAUGAUCGGGAAAAUAAAAUGAAUUUCUCAGACAGGGAUGUAAACGCGUUUCUAAUUAAAGACACGCCGGGCUAAACCACAAGGGGACUGCUCAUUACGUCGGCAGGAGAGAAUAAAAAGUCAGCGAGACCCAACCGAAAAACCGGAGAGAAACUUCAGGAGCCACACGCACGUUCGCCAAAGCGGGGGUGAAGGCAGAAGAAAUAAGUUGUCAAGAGGACUUUUAUUAUUUUCCACCCACUUUGAAGUCGAUAAAGUCAGCCUGGGCUGCCACAUGCCCCUCAUACAGAUAUAUAAGAACCUCCUGCUGCGGGGCUGACAUGGUGCAGAUGUACAAGGACUGGGAAUACCUGAGCCUGCGGCUCCGCUGAGCACUGCGCUGUAAUCUCAAGGGUUGAAGCGGAUCCUCGGAGUGAUCAUUUGGAAGAACAAGUGGGAUCAUACAGCAUACAGUAGGGAAUAGAAGCAUCGGAAACCAAAGGGGAAUAAAAGGGGAAGCUGAAGGCAGAGCCCAAGGCGAGGAGUGUCGUUUCUUUGGAUUUCGGGAGCGAUGAGCAGACCGAAGUCUCCUUUCAUUCUGGGACUGGUUUUGAUAAUCUGCACGGCGGGACAUUGCAAAGAGACCACUGGGCCGAUGGAACAUAAACUGUUGAACUUGAUCAUGAAUAGCGUGAGCCAGGUGAAGAGUACCCCUACGCAAGACGGCACUAGCGCUGGACCCUUCUUGAAAAGUCAAACUUUUACUGUUCCAUCUAAGGAUUUACCAGAACGCAAGUCCUUCACAGAUCGGAAAGUUGAAAUAUUUCCUAGAGAUCUGAGAUCAAAAGACAAGUUUUUAAAACAUUUGACAGGUCCUCUUUACUUUAGUCCAAAGUGCAGUAAACAGUUUCACAGGAUUUAUCACAAUACAAGGGACUGCAAUAUGCCAGCAUAUUACAAAAGGUGUGCCAGACUUCUUACAAGAUUAGCAGUCAGCCCAAUGUGCAUGGAUGGGUAGCUUUAAAAAGAAAAUAAAAAAAGAAUAAAUCUAAGCAGAUUGCACUGAAAUAACAAGAUCCCAUGAACCAAGAAAAAGUGCCUUGGAAUCCAACAGGGAAACACACCAACUUUUGUAUCAUGAUCCAUUGUGAACAAAGAUUUAUUUUUGCAAACUGAUGGAAUAUUUCCAUAGACUUCUCCGGACAUGUUUUUGUAUGUUGUUUACAGACCUGCAGCAAUUCUGUAAUGAACCUCAUAGUACCAUGAAACUGAUAAAUGAAGAAAGAACACUGUUUUUCAGUGUUAUUUUGCCAAACUAGAGUAAAUGAACCUUGUGUGCAUGGAUUUUUUAAUUCAUCAACACAAUGUUGGAAAGAUUCUUGUGUAUCAUCUGACAUGCCAUUUUGAACAUAUUCAAGGAGGCAUUGCAUAAAUCAUCUUCACAGCACUGGUUAUUACUUGUCUCAAGAAAUCACCCAUCACAGCAAAUGUAUUAAGUUCAAAUGGGGUCAUAUUGCAUCCCAUGUUGAAAUUAUGAACUGCAUGACAAUAUUCUUGCCUUUUAUGCUCUGCAAGGCAUUAUGCUGUAAGCAGAGGUGAUCUGCUUUAUAAGUUGCUGAUUAUAGUUUACAUUCUGUAAAAGAUGAACAGUGUAUUUUUCUGAAUAUCAGUAGAAUAUAUGUACCGUAUAUUCGAGCUUAUGUCUUCAGUCUUACUGUAAAUUAAUGUAAUAAACAUUCCUGCUAAAAUGUGCAAUAUGUACAUACUGUAAAUAACAGAUAUCAAUUAUAAAUAAUUGUGUUUGGUAUAUGAUAAAUGAUGUGAUGAGGUAUAUGUAUAUAAAUAUA